AAUUUGUAUCCUGACCAAAUUCGUAUCCCAACCAAAUUCGCUUCUCAACCAAAUUCGUAUCCCGAUCAAAUUCGCUUCUCAACCAAAUUCGUAUCCCAACCAAAUUUGCUUUUCAAUCAAUUUCGUAUCCCAACCAAAUUCGCUUCCCAACCAAAUUCGUAUCCCAAUUGA